UGAACUAAUAGCAUGAAAUGCAUGCGUCCUAAGUGGCAAAUCGAAAACCCAUAAAAUUCCCCACUUCCCAAUACUAAAAGAAUCUUCAAUAAUAACCAAAAGAAACCCAAUUUUUCUUUUUUAACACUCUCACACAAUGUUACUACAGUUACUACUAACAGUACUCCCACUAGUUCACUCUCACUACAACUGGUCACCGACCGCGGCCGCCACUCAAAAAUUUGAGUGGCGGCCAGCACGUGCCACCUACUACGCCCCUGUCGAUCCACGAGACGCAGUAGGUGGCGCGUGCGGAUACGGUGACCUGGAAAGAAGUGGAUAUGGUAAAUCCACAGCUGGUUUAAGUACAGUACUAUUUGAAAAGGGACAAAUUUGUGGUGCUUGUUUUGAAGUACGAUGUGUUGAGGAACUUAAAUGGUGUAUACCUGGUACUUCAAUUAUUGUUACUGCAACAAACUUUUGUGCACCAAAUUAUGGAUUAGAAAGUGAUGGAGGUGGACAUUGUAAUGUACCAAAUGCACAUUUUGUUUUGCCUAUUGAAGCUUUUGAGAAAAUUGCUAUUUGGAAAGCUUCUAAUAUGCCUGUUCAAUAUCGCAGAAUUAAGUGCAGAAAGGAAGGAGGAGUUCGAUUCACGAUCAAUGGUGCUGGGAUAUUUUUGUCCGUGUUAAUCAGCAACGUUGCAGGCGCAGGCGAUAUAGUCGCAGCAAAAGUGAAGGGUUCGAGAACAGGAUGGCUUCCUAUGGGUAGGAUCUGGGGCCAAAACUGGCAUAUAAGCGCCGACUUGAAGAAUCAACCUAUCUCUUUCGAGAUAACCAGCAGUGCUGGAGUCACCUUGACAUCUUACAAUGUUGCUCCGAAGAACUGGAAUUUCGGACAGACUUAUCAAGGAAAGCAGUUCGACUCAUAGGAUUCUGCCGGAAAGCAGUUUGAGGGAUUCAUCGCGAUCGAGUAGUGGAACUUGAAGCUGUAAAAUCAUCACUAUUGUAUGCUAUUCCUGUAUUAUAAACCACUAGUAAACUUGAAUGUAAGUAGAGAAAGAGAACUGCCACUUUAAGGUAAUAGUAAGUUAGCUAUAUGAAAAAUAAUUGUUGCACA